CUCUCUUACAUACAACCAUAACAUCCACGGUUCGUGGCCGCUUCAUCCAACCAGGCUCCACCGCGAGGGAGGCACCGACAGCCAGGGGAAGAGCUCCGCCGGACACCAGACCCAUGUUCGUCUAAAAAAAAAACCAACCCAACGGAGAAACUGCGACACGGCUGUUUGAAUGAGUCCAACUUGAGUUUGAGAGAAAAUGGCGAAAACUACUUAAAACCCACACCAGGAAGAGCGGCCGGACAUCAUCACGUUACCUGGGUUCACGGAGCUGAGGAUGUCUCGGCUGAGCGAGCAGAUAUGGGCCGACUGGAUUUGGUUUCCUGAAGGCCACGGCUGGGCUGACCUGACGGACCGUGAUGGCAAAGUCUUCCCUAAAAUUCAGGACCUCUGGGCUACUAUCCCCAUCGCUCUCUGCUUCCUGGUCAUCAGACAGAUAUUCGAGAGGACAGUAGCGACACCUUUGGCCUCUCUGCUGGGAGUGAGCAACAGACAGCGUGUUUGUGCUCCUUCAAAUCCCACCCUGGAAUCCUAUUUCUGCAGCACAUCAAAGCAUCCCACACAGAGCUCCUUAGAGAGUUUAAGUAAAACGGCGGGCUGUUCGGUGCGGCAGGUUCAGAGGUGGUUCAGGCGGAGGAGAAACCAGGACCGUCCCAACAAGCACAAAAAGUUUCGGGAAGCAAGUUGGAGAUUUACCUUUUACCUUCUUGCUUUCUUUGCUGGCCUGGCAGUCCUUAUUGAUAAACCAUGGUUCUCUGAUUUGAAGCAGAUGUGGGAAGACUUCCCAAAAAUGCCACUGUUGCCUUCUCAGUACUGGUAUUACAUGUUCGAACUAGGCUUCUACGUCUCGCUGCUUUUUAGCGUAGCAUCAGAUGUCAAACGUAAGGAUUUCAAAGAGCAGAUAGUUCACCACGUAGCCACCAUCCUCCUUAUCAGCUUCUCCUGGCUGGUCAACUACAUCCGAGCUGGGACUUUGAUCAUGUUGGUUCAUGAUGCCUCUGAUUAUCUAAUGGAGUCAGCCAAAAUGUUCAACUACGCAGGUUGGAGGAAAACCUGCAACUUCUUCUUCACUUUGUUUGCUGCAGUUUUCAUCAUCACCCGACUCGUCAUCCUCCCCUUCUGGAUCAUACAUACAACGUGGGUGUACCCCCUGACACUCUACCCCCCCUUCCUCGGCUUCUACUUCUUCAACGGGUUACUGCUGGUGCUGCAGGUCCUUCAUAUCUUCUGGGCUGUGCUCAUCUUGCGGAUGGUCGUCAAAUUUCUGCCAGGAAAUGACAUUGUUGAGGAUGAGCGGAGUGACAAGGAGGAGACGGAGUCAGAAGAUGAAGAUGAAGGCGGCGAGUGGAAGGGAAAGUCUAAAAAUGGCCACAUUCAGAACGGCCAUACGCCACUCAACAACAACCUCAGGAAGAGGUACUGAUCAGACAGCGAGUGGGUGGAGAUGAUGCCGUGUGACGAAGGGCCCUCAUGUGUGGCCCUCACCUGAAAGCCAAAGAAUGGGCAUGUUGAAUGGGGCAGCAGGCAGCACCCCCCCACACACACAAACACACACUCACACUCAUAUAGCUACCCCCCUCCUUUCUGAUAAUUUCCCCUCUGUGGAUCAGACUAAAGUUAACAGAGAGAGGACGAUGUCUGGAGAACCACAGUGAUGUUUUCUUGUACAGCAGCAGCAGAGUGGUUUUCUCGUUCCACGUGCCUUCUCCUCUUUUCCUUCCACUUAAGUGUAAUUUGCUUUUUUCCAAGAUUUUCUGCUGUUGACCAAGUUGCCUGCUUCUAGCUUUAUGUUUUGUUCCUGGAAGACGCAGUGGUUAGGACGGGCGUUCCCCUCCUGCGAUCAGUUAACACUCUUCCAAGUAUUACUGCUCUGAACGAGGACUGAUUUAUUUUUGCUCUCUAAACCACACUGAAGUCAGUGACAUUGUGAGGAGCACGGAGGAGAAUGAGGCCUUGUCUUUGGACCAUAAGCUGAUGUGAGUCUUUUUACUGAAAUGUCCAUUCAUGCUUAAUUUGUGCAUAUUGGUUUUUGCACAUGCCGCUUCGUCACUUCGGUUCUUGACAAUGAUUUUGAGUCAGUGUUGCUAAAAAAAAUAUAUACAUAUAUAUAUAUAUAUAUAUAAAUAUAUAUAUAUAUGUGUUCUGGUGAUGUUUAAAGCAAAAAAUAAUUGGUAUAAAUAAUAUUUUUUUAACCGUACGAGAAGGUGCCACAUCUGCCAGGCGUGUUGAAGAGUGCCUAGAGUUUGUCUUAAUGUGUUUCGCCUCAUUGGCAGCAGAACACACAGAGAUCCUUUUUAAUUGUUUGUUUGUGUUUAUGCUUCAUGUCUUGUUGUUUGAUUUUUAUUUUUACUUUGCUUUGUAUUUUAUUUGUUUUUUCCGUCCAGUAAGAUUUUGAAGCAAUUUGUUUAAGUGUAACCCAAACCAAUCAGUAAUCAUGAAUUCUUUAUGGGCUGGAAGAGUCAAUAGCAUUUCCAUUCAGUGUUGUUUCUCCCACCCAUCCAAAGAUGCACUUUAUGGUUUAUUCUAUGGAUCAGCUUUGACUACUUAUCUAGUAAACAAGCUUAGUACAUGUGUUUGAUUCAAACUCAAACUUAACUCAUUUUUUAGUUUUGAGAGUUUUCGAAUAUGAUUUCAAUUUAGUUUAAUAUUUAUUGUCAUUAUUACCCAAGUUCUUCCUUUUUUUUUCAGUGUUUUGGAUCUAGAACAGUUAAAUGAAAUCUAAAAAUGAAAACACCAAAGUAUGGUUUACAUUAUUUUGUAUGACCUCGUCAUUUCAAGUGCCUUCAUCAUUUCAAGUGACAGCUGUAAAGACAAAAAUAAAAAACACAAUUUCUGUAGAUUUUGUCAUUAUUUCUGCCUUCUCUCUGUGCCCGACAUGUUCAACACUGCACUGUCACGCUCCGGGCCUCUAACAUCUCUGUGCAACUCGGAAACAACCUAUCACCUGUAGCUACCUUUUAAAGUGCCUUGCUACUACAGAGCAUGUUUUUAUCCUGCAUUGUGUUUUGCUCACAUGUAAAAUUAUAAUUAUCAAUGAUAAAGAUACCUGUGGUUAA